AUGGUAAAGCUGAGCCAUGAGGCCAAGCAGAAGCUGCAGCAGCUCCUUGAGGGUGGCCAGUUUGCCAUCCGCGGGGGCUUUCUUCCUCUCGUGAUUUACCUGGGAUUCAAGGGUGGGGUUGCAGAUCCUGGAAUGCCUGAACCAACUGUUUUGAGCUAA